CAUCCACAGUAAUGGCUGCAGCUUUACCCAGGACCCUGGGCGAAUUGCAGCUAUAUAGAAUAUUACAAAAAGCCAAUCUGCUCUCUUAUUUUGAUGCCUUUAUCCAACAAGGUGGUGAUGAUGUCCAGCAGCUCUGUGAAGCCGGAGAAGAGGAGUUUUUGGAAAUCAUGGCACUUGUGGGCAUGGCUAGCAAGCCCCUUCAUGUUAGAAGAUUACAAAAGGCUUUGAGAGACUGGGUUACAAACCCCGGCCUUUUUAACCAGCCUCUGACUACCGUUCCAGUCAGUAGCAUACCCAUCUAUAAGCUGCCGGAAGGCUCACCGACGUGGCUGGGAAUCUCCUGCAGUAGUUAUGAAAGGAAUAGCGGUGUCCGGGAACCUCACUUAAAAAUCCCUAAAUGUGCUGCCACCACCUGUGUGCAGAGCUUAGGACAGGGGAAGUCAGAUGUGGUGGGGAGCUUAGCGCUGCAGGGCGUGGGUGACUCCAGACUCUGGCAAGGCCACCAUGCCACUGAAAGUGAGCACAGCCUCUCCCCAGCCGACCUUGGCUCCCCGGCUUCCCCUAAAGAAACCAGCGAGGCACUGGAUGCUGCUGCUGCCCUCUCUGUGGCAGAGUGCGUGGAGCGGAUGGCCCCCACGCUACCCAAAAGUGACUUGAAUGAAGUGAGAGAGCUGCUGAAAUCCAACAAAAAGUUGGCCAAAAUGAUUGGCCACAUCUUUGAGAUGAGCGAUGAUGAUCCACACAAAGAGGAAGAGAUUAGAAAAUACAGUGCAAUCUAUGGCCGAUUUGACUCAAAGAGAAAGGACGGGAAACAUCUCACACUUCAUGAGCUCACGGUGAAUGAAGCAGCUGCCCAGCUCUGUGUGAAGGACAAUGCCCUGCUGACUAGAAGAGAUGAACUCUUUGCCCUGGCUAGACAGAUUUCUCGAGAAGUCACCUAUAAGUACACUUACAGAACUACUAAGUCAAAAUGUGGAGAAAAAGAUGAAUUAUCCCCUAAGAGAAUUAAAAUGGAGGAUGGUUUUGAAUUCCACGAUCCUGUGGAGGUAUUCAUCCAGCAGGCAAAAGCUAAGGAAGAACUGGCAGCUCUUAGUUCACAGCAGCCCGAAAAGGUGAUGGCAAGGCAGAUGGAGCUUCUCUGCACCCAGGUUGGCUAUGAGAGACUGCAGCAUGCUGAAAGAAGGCUGUCAGCAGGGCUUUACAGGCAGAGCUCAGAAGAACACAGCCCUAAUGGCGUGACGUCGGAUAACUCUGAUGGACAAGGAGAAAGACCCUUGAAUCUCCGAAUGCCUGCUAUACAGAACAGACAGCCUCACCAUUUUGUGGUCGAUGGGGAGCUUGCGAGGCUUUACUCCAGUGAGGCAAAGUCCCACUCUUCAGAGAGCCUUGGGAUUUUAAAAGACUACCCUCACUCAGCGUUUACCGUAGAGAAGAAAGUCAUCAAAGCAGAGCCUGAAGAUUCAAGAUAGCUGUGGAAAUGGCAUCAGAUUUAAGGAUAAUGUUCCAUCAUAGAAACAAGCCUUAAUAACCAAUGUUGCCUCAUUCAGCUCAAACAGAUCUCAUAGCCAAAGCAGAAGGACUGGUCCAGUAGUCUGUGGAAGCCAGGAAGACGGAACAGCAGCCACAAGAGAAAAUCGAGUCUUGCAGUCUAUAACAGAAAUAUCGAUCCAUUCACAUUCCCUGUCAGUUGUCCUGUGUAAGGCUUACAAAUUAAUAUUGUAAGCACUCAUUAUUUAAGAAUGUGCAAUGUAUCUGUGUAAUUUAUAAAAGUGAAAUCUCGAUGUUGAGACCUGUUUGGUCCAAUAUAUGUGGAUGCAGUUUAUUUUACUUGAACUUAUGUCGUCUGUUUUAAGUGUAUUUAGCGUAAAUACUAUUAUUAUAAGUCACAGUGUAGAAUCUUUGCAAUCAGAAAGCAGAAAGUUUAAGUGAUGUGGUUAUUGGCAAGGUUGCAAUAGCUUUGGAAAAAUCGAAGGCAAAUGACUCAAUUUAACCAAGGGAAAAUUUUAGGGAUUUAAUAUCUGAUAAAACCAAUUCUGUUUAACAGAAGCUUGUGUCACCUUUAUUCCGAUAGUGUCAUUUUUUAUUGGUUUAGUCGAUACGUAUUUACACAGUAAACUGGAAGAGAGCUAAGAAGAUGAGCCGUGUAGUGGAGAGGACUGCUUACUUGGUUGGCCCAGAUUGCAUGAUCGUGUAGCCACUUACGACAUAGCAAGAAUAAAAAAACGUUAAGUGAACAGAGAAAGUGAAACGGGUGGACUGAAGUGUCAAAAACCUUUGCUCAAAUACUGAAUUUCAGAAUGUGUUAAGUAGACAAAGACUUAAGUAGGUUAGCCCUAAGUGUGAUAAGGAUGGUGACUAAACAAAGGCUGUACUGGAGUUAAGUAUCGAUUUUUGUGGAAUUCUCCCAGGAGGCAGAGACGUGAUGACCCUCACUGGGAAAUGUCUUCCCACCCAAACCAUUAGCAAGUGUGACCAAUCACUGCAUCCACAUCGGCUGCCAUGUUUGAUGGAUGUUUCGUUGACACCUGUAGUCAUUAUUUAUUUUACCAUUCAUUUUUGUUACUUUUCAGAUUUAUGAAUGCAGUUUUUCUUAAAAUUUCAUUUUAACUUGAAAGGAUUUGUUUUUAAUUCCCACUCUGUGUUAAUGAUGUACUUGCUUACAUAUAAAUGAGAGUUUCACAUUGAGAUCCAUAAUAGUCAACAUGGAAAUCGGACUUCGGUUGGUUUGAGAAGAGAUUUGGCGGCACUGCCUACUUGGCUACAGAGGCUUCUCAUCCUGGGUACUGCUGACAGGCGCGUGUUGAUUUGAACGUGUGUCUCGUGUCUCGUUGCCUUUCUCUUCAGUUCAGCUCUAGGACAGAGCGAUGUAGCAUAUAUCAGCUCAUAAUGUUACUUGCCAUUGGCAGCUGAAUGUUAGAUGAAAUGUCUGCACUGUAGUCUCUAAUCACUGUCAUGUAAUUGCUUUUUCAUUUUGAUUUUUAGAAUAGCUUUACAAUAGAAACACCAGUAGACAACUUUGAUACUGUUUAAAGGCUUUUCCCCUUCUAAAUGUUUUCAUUGUACCAUAGUGUUUGCCACUCAAGAGAUUUUUUAUAGACGUUGCAACUUUGUUGCUAGUUUGAGGUUGACUAUUGUGGUUGUACAGUUCACUGUGUGUAGAAGUAGUAUGAGUACGAGUUAAAUAGAAUGUUCAGUUUUUUAAUAUUAGCCAUAGCACUGGUUAGUAUCUAAGUAGUUUCAUGAAACGUUUCCUGUAUUCUAAUCUAUUUUGAGAAAUUUUGUGGGUUUUUUUUAAUGUGUCAUAAAGUUCAAGUUUGUAGAUUUUAAUAAGCAACACUUUUUAAAGAUGCAUUCGUCCUCCAACUUUUUGUUUAUCAGUCUUUUGUGGCCCCAUAAAUUGCAUCGAUAAGUCCAUAAAUAAGUUUCCUUAAGUAUCCUAUUUUUCUGGUCUUUCAAAGUUAGUGAUAAGGGGGAAGCACAAGAAUAAUUUCAGUAGAAUACAGUUUUUAUUUUGUAAACACUAAUGUAUUAAACUUGCUAUACAUUAAAGCAAAUAAUAUAUAUUUUUAUUUGAAUUGUAUAUAUGAAUCGGAUGUUAUAACUAGUUGGUUUUCCAUUGUGUUAGACAUGUUCUCACUGAACAAGGUCAAUUGGUUACCUCAGUAUUACAGCCAAUAUAGUCCAAGGGACCACUUCUCCCCACAUCUGUGUUACAUAGUUUAUUAUGUGCAGUCCGUGUUUCUGUGACAAUUGAAGCUGUUGGUGAGGUGGGAAUGAGUACACUUGCUUCCUGUGGCAAUAAAGAUUCUCUGUGCCUCACACA